GAGUAGGCCUUGUUCUGGGCGGCCCCGAUCUUCCCGAUGCUGUGGAGGCUGCACAGGGCACACGGCUCCGCCGAGGAGCCCCCAAAGGACAUCCGCUGCCCGGGAAGGACGUGCACCGCGAUGUACUGGGCGGGCUUCCCGGUGGCCUUGGCCAGCUGCUCCGUGAUCUCGGAGGUCAGGCUUUCCGGGAUGGCUUCCAAGCUCCUCUGCAGCCUCCUCCAGGACAAGCUCCACGUCCCUCCCGACAGGGUCUACAUCAACUAUUAUGACAUGAAUGCUGCCAACGUGGGAUGGAAUGGAUCCACUUUUGCGUAACCAGAAUGGAAGGCCUUCUAUCGCCUUCCUCUUCCAGACUCCGAAUUCGAGUCUUGCACCAAUGAACGGCUUCCUCCUCUUCCUUUGUCAUCACUUUUAGUGAAAUAAAAAGCGUAGAAAGAA